GGGCCAAAGAAAGAGAUGCACGAUCGAUACUCAUGAACGAGGUGAUAUCGACUCUGAGAAGACAGCUGGAAGAGAAGAUAAAAGCCAACCGACAGCAGCAGAAGGAGAACGUUCUGGAACGAGAGAAAAUUCUCGAAGAUAUGGACGGCUUCCACCAGGAAGUACGGUCUAGGGAAAGGGAGACUCAGCUGAAGAACGCAACAUACUCCACCAUGGCAUCGCUCCAAUCCCAGCUAAACAGCCUGCGCGUGCAGCAGCAGCAGGCCGCGGCGGCUAGCGACCGUGAGGCGGCGCGCAGGGAGGCGUGCGCGCGCGAGCGGCGCCUGCGACACGAGAUAGCGCGCGCGCAGCGCACGCACAGCGCCGGGGCUUGGACGUAGCGGGUAGUUGGACUGGAAUGAGUGUAUAGACGUGAGAAUUCAGACUUUUGUAGACCAGAAUAAAUAUACAUCGUGUGCUUAUUAGGUCAUGGUCUUGGUCAUGGUUAUGGUCAUGGUCAUGGUCAUAGUCAUAGUCAUGGUCAUGGUCACUUUGGCAGUUGGCACCCUAUCAAGUUGGCCAUCUUUGUCAAUUGGUAUACUAUAGGUAAAACUGUAUUUUUCAAUAUAGGAUGAUUUUACAAUGAAAUUUUUGACUUCAGAGAAAUGUUAUUUUUACACUCUGUAUAAGAAAAGAACGAGUAAAUUCAAGAAACUGCCUAGCCCGCGUCACAUCGCAAACGAUACUUCUUUGAGAAAGAA